UAUAACAGCUUCCUUCGUCGCAAUCUGGCUGGAGAGAGGUCAGAUCUCUAUUCGUCUUCCCUCUAUGUUCCCGGGUUCUUUUUUUCUGAGCCUACGUGCGAUCCGUUCCCCCCCCCCUUCGGGAUCAUUUUUGUUCUGUGUAGCAGUUACCAAAGGCAUACGUCUCUUAUGCAUAAUUUCCUCUGGGUUCUACUUGUCGAAAAGGAAUCUCUUUCACUCUGGCCGCUCUAAAACAGUCAAACUAUUCUCGCACCUCCAGGAGGGUGUGGGGCGAUGAUGAGCGAGUAAUUCUGCUUUGUGUUUUACGGAGAUCAAGAUCAUCUGACAUAUGGAGAUUGUGCCGCGUCACUGUGGGCUUGACACUUGAUUAUGGCUAAGAUUACAUGUUCUUGUGUUCCCAGAAGCUCUUCGUUAUUCUUGCACUGAGUGAAGAAAUUAAGGGUUUCGGAAUUGGCUUCUGCAAAAUUUAUGAGCAGUGUGGAUUGUCCUUGAUAUUGUAUAUCUGCGUGGAAGAAAUUUAGGCGUCUAGAUGUAGCACUUCAGACCAGUGCUAUGACGAUUAGGUUUUCCUGUUUCCAUUCCGAUCUUCACAAGAAGCCAAAGAAAGUAGCUCAACCGUCUAUUGAAUCUAUGGCGAAGACUCUACGAGAUGUUUCCCAAAGUCAGGCCUCUACAAGUAAUGGUGUGCCUGCAGUCUCAACCCCGUUAAUUUCACUGAAUGAUAAGGGUGGCAAUUUGAUUUCAAAUGAGUGUGGAUGGAGGUCAGAGGAUCUGAAAAGCAAGUUAGUCAAUGACUGUGAAAACGAAAUUUUCCAUACCGGAUGUCUUAAGAAAAGUCUCUCCGUGGAAAGUGGACUUUACCAUGAGGGGAAACUUUACACUGACAACUUGACCGAGGAUUAUUCAGAUCCUGUAUUUUCUUGUAAUGAUCCCGAAAGCCACAACGAGUCCGCGAUUUUGGGAUGUAGAAUGGAUCGUGACACAAUCACAGCUGAUAAGGGGAAAACAAACCAAUACUCAAAGAUUCAUGACAGCUUGGUUCCAGGAAAUAAUGGUUCGAUUUUUUCAAUUGAAGAUCCAACACCUUUAGAAAAAGAUGCCCCAGAAAAUUCUGACACUCCAUUAUCCGGUGGAUAUGCUGGUGAUGACCAUACUUCUGGUCCCAGUGCCUCAGCUUUGAUGCUAAAGUCCUGUUCUUUUCCUAAUAUCAUGGCUUCUGCACUAUCUUCAGGAAUAUGCUCUUACGAUGAACUUGCAGCUUCAAGGUCAAGAUCUUCUGAGGAUCUUCAGGUUUUGAGCUUGAGGCUGAAAGAUACGUUCAUCAAUGAGUCUGAUAUUGAAGUUACUCGGGGACAAGCAAGAGGAAACAAGAUGGGUACAAUUGAAGAAAAUCAUAUGGAUAGCUCCUUCGAUGAUGGUUAUGAUGCUCAUCCACUCUGCGGUUCAGCAAGAGACUGGGUAAUGCCUGUUAUGGAUGACAUGAAUGUAACUAAAAUCCUUGAAGGAGAGUCCUCCGUUCAGCAUUUGGAUGACUUGGAUAACAAGGAUUUUAGGAUUAAGCGCAUUGAGGAUUGGGUGACAGGUCUGGAACAUGAUGGACUUCUGGAGGAAACAACUGAGUCGUCUGAAUUUGUUGAUCCCUUAAACGGUGAUUGUAUUAGUACCCCAGAGAAUGUGACUGCUACCCGAGUGGAUGGUAAUGUCACUCCUAGCAUGGAAGCUGUUAAAAGAUAUAUUUCUUCUCUGAGUCCUAAUGCCACAACGGCCCAUCUUGCUAAUUACGGUUUGGUUGUGAUCCCGCUUCUUAGUGUGUUUGUAACUUUGAAGGUGCUCAAUUUGUCUGGAAAUGCUAUCGGCAGGAUAACAGCGGGUGCUCUUCCUAGAGGACUGCACAUUUUGAAUUUGUCGAAAAACAAUAUAUCAACAAUUGAGGGACUACGCGAACUAACGCGACUUCGUGUUUUGGACCUGAGCUACAAUCGUAUAUUGAGAAUUGGCCAUGGGCUCGCUUCUUGUUCAUCUCUAAAGGAGCUGUACCUGGCUGGAAACAAGAUCAGCGAAGUAGAGGGUCUACACCGCCUCUUGAAACUGAAUGUACUGGAUCUUCGCUUCAAUAAAUUAUCAACAGCAAAAUGUCUAGGUCAGCUUGCUGCUAACUAUAACUCCUUGCAAGCAAUCAGCUUGGAGGGAAACCCAGCCCAGAAAAAUGUUGGAAACGAACAACUGAAGAAAUAUCUACAAGGCCUUCUUCCCUAUCUUGCUUACUACAAUCGGCAGCCUGUGAAAGCCGGCACUUUGAAAGAUGGUGCAGAUCGGUCAGUGCGUUUAGGUAUAAACGCUCAUCAGUUCGACCGCAGCCUUAGAUUAGAUCACAAGACCGCAAGGAAGGGCAACCAUGGCGGAGGAUCUCGGAGGCCAUCAACCCCUAGCACCUCCACUCAUGCUCGUAGAGUGCAGACGGUGGAAUCAUGGAAACACUCCAAGGGGAAACAAGUCCACCUCCCACCAACUGGAGCCAAAGUGUCCUCCCAAGGCCGAAAUCAUCUCGACGUUGUGGGUAAGCUGUUAAACUUAGGACACAGUCUCUCCAUUCGCAAGAGUCGCAGCGAGGGAACUCUUGGAGCUUUAUGAAAUGAUUUUCAAACUGCAAUGUUAGUUUAUGUUAUUGCCUAUGUUUCACUGUGCUUCUGUUCCCUGCUGGACUAGUGGAGUUUAUUCACGUGUUUGCUGUGUUAGACAUGGAUGACAUGCCUUUUGUGUUUCCGGCGUGAUAUAACGUGAUAGGUUUUUACUUGUUUA